AAGACUUGUCCUGUUACCACCAUGAGCUCUGAAUGUGACGUUGGUGCUUCUAAAGCCGUGGUCAACGGGUUGGCGCCAGGCAGCAAUGGGCAGGACAAAGCAACUGCCGACCCUUUACGUGCACGCUCUAUUUCUGCUGUUAAAAUAAUUCCCGUGAGGACAGUGAAAAGCUCUUCAGGCCUGGUACUCCCUCCAGACAUGGAUCCUACGAAAAUCUGCACUGGGAAGGGAGCGGUGACUCUCCGGGCCUCAUCUUCCUACAGGGAAAUCCCGAGCAGCGGCCCCACGAGCCCUCAGGAAACCCCUCAACAUGAAAGCAAACCAGUUCUGGACUCAGAGACUCCCUCAGCAGAUGAGUGGAGGCUUUCUUCCAAUGCUGAUGCCAAUGGAAACGCGCAGCCCUCCUCACUUGCUGCCAAGGGCUACAGAAGCGUGCAUCCCAACCUUCCUGCCGACAAGCCCCAGGAUGCCACUUUCUCCAGUUCAGCCCAGCCUGAGAUAAUAGUUGUCCCUCUCUACCUGGUUAAUACCGACAGAGGGCAAGAAGGCACAGCCAGACCUCCAGCAUCUCUGGGGCUUCUUGGCCCCCCAGGCCCGGCCACCGCCCCUGCCGGCUCACCUCUGACCUUCCCGACUCUAGAUGAUUUCAUUCCCCCUCGUCUGCAGAGGCGGUCCCACCACAGCCAGCCAGCCAGCGCUCCUGGCCCCCAUCCCCCCGUUAGCCAGACACCACCAUCCUUCUCACCACCUCCUCCGCUGGUCCCUCCGGUCCCAGAGGGCCUCCGCAGAGCCUCGGAGCCUGACCUCACGGGAGCUGUUUCAAGUACCGAUUCAGGUCCUCUACUAAAUGAAGUGUCUUCAUCCCACCUUGGAACCGAUCCCCAAAUCUCUGCACCAGUUAGCAAGCCAUCAUCUGCCUACCCCUCUACGACAAUUGUCAAUCCUACUAUUGUACUCUUGCAACACAAUCGAGAACAGCAAAAACGACUCAGUAGCCUUCCAGAUCCUGUCUCAGAAAGAAGAGUGGGAGAGCAGGACUUGGCACCAACCCAGGAGAAACCCACCUCGCCUGGAAGGGCUACUGAGAAAAAGGCGAAGGAUGACAGUAGGCGGGUGGCUAGGAGUGCUCAGGACCUGAGCGAUGUUUCCAUGGAUGAAGUGGGCAUCCCACUCCGGAACACCGAGAGAUCAAAAGACUGGUACAAGACCAUGUUUAAACAGAUCCACAAACUAAACAGAGACACUCCUGAAGAAAACCCUUAUUUCCCUACGUACCAAUUCCCUGAACUUCCUGAAGUCCAGCAAAAUUCUGAAGAGGACAAUCCUUACACUCCUACCUACCAGUUUCCAGCAUCUACUCCUAGCCCUAAAUCUGAAGAUGAUGAUUCAGAUCUGUACUCACCUCGGUACUCCUUUUCUGAAGACACAAAAUCUCCCCUUUCUGUGCCUCGCUCAAAAAGUGAGAUGAGCUACAUCGACGGUGAGAAGGUGGUUAAGAGGUCGGCCACACUUCCCCUCCCAGCCCGCUCUUCCUCACUAAAAUCAAGCCCAGAAAGAAACGACUGGGAGCCCCCAGAUAAGAAAGUGGAUACAAGGAAAUACCGUGCAGAGCCCAAAAGCAUUUACGACUAUCAGCCGGGCAAGUCUUCUGUUCUGACCAACGAAAAGAUGAGUCGGGAUAUAAGCCCAGAAGAGAUAGAUUUAAAGAAUGAACCUUGGUAUAAAUUCUUUUCGGAAUUGGAGUUUGGGAAACCGCCUCCCAAAAAGAUAUGGGAUUAUACUCCUGGAGACUGCUCUAUCCUUCCUAGAGAGGAUAGAAAGACUAAUCUAGAAAAAGAUCUCAACCUCUGCCCAGCAGAGUUAGAGGCACACUUAGGAAACACGGAGACGCUUAAUAAAGCACCCAGUGCAAACCUGUCCCAGAGCUCGGCAGUCAGCCCCAGCCCGGAAAUUUCUUCAGAGCUUCCUGGAUAUAUCUAUUCUUCCAACUUCCACGCAGUGAAGAGGGAAUCAGACGGGGCUCCCGGGGAUCUCGCUAGUUUGGAGAACGAGAGGCAGAUUUACAAAAGCGUCUUGGAAGGUGGAGACAUCCCCCUCCAGGGCCUGAGUGGGCUCAAGCGACCCUCCAGCUCAGCCUCCACUAAAGAUUCAGAAUCACCAAGACAUUUUAUACCUGCUGAUUAUUUGGAAUCCACGGAAGAAUUUAUUCGGAGGCGUCAUGAUGAUAAAGAGAAACUUUUAGCGGACCAGAGACGACUUAAGCGUGAGCAAGAAGAGGCCGAUAUUGCAGCUCGUCGCCACACGGGCGUCAUUCCGACGCACCAUCAGUUUAUCACUAAUGAGCGCUUUGGGGACCUCCUCAAUAUAGACGAUACGGCCAAAAGGAAAUCUGGGUCAGAGAUGAGACCUGCCAGAGCCAAAUUUGACUUUAAAGCUCAGACUCUAAAGGAGCUUCCUCUGCAGAAGGGGGACAUUGUGUACAUCUACAAGCAGAUUGAUCAGAACUGGUAUGAAGGAGAGCAUCACGGCCGGGUGGGGAUCUUCCCGCGCACCUACAUCGAGCUUCUUCCUCCCGCUGAGAAGGCUCAGCCCAAGAAGUUGGCACCGGUGCAGGUCUUGGAAUAUGGAGAAGCUAUCGCUAAGUUCAACUUUAAUGGUGAUACGCAAGUAGAAAUGUCCUUCAGGAAGGGUGAGAGGAUCAUGCUGCUCCGGCAGGUAGACGAGAACUGGUACGAAGGGAGGGUCCCAGGGACGUCCCGGCAAGGCAUCUUCCCCAUCACCUACGUGGACGUGAUCAAGCGGCCCCUGGUGAAAAACCCCGUGGACUACAUCGACCUGCCUUUCUCCUCCUCCCCAAGUCGUAGUGGCACCGUGAGCCCGCAGUUUGCCAGUCACAGCAAGCUCAUCAUGCCAGCCCCCUCAUCCCUGUCCCACCCCCACCGAGCCUUGUCCCCCGAGAUGCACGCUGUCACCUCUGAGUGGAUCUCCCUGACUGUUGGGGUCCCAGGCAGGCGGCCUCUGGCCCUGACCCCACCCCUGCCUCCUCUGCCGGAGACUUCUGUCUAUAACACCGACCACCUUGCCUCGUGGGCGAGGCCCGGUUCCUCUCUGUCUCUCAGCCUUCCCCAUUCGAGCUGGUCUGAUCUUUCCACCCCACGCUCGAUGGCUUCCUCGCUGGCCCUGCCUCCCCCCCACAAAGCUGCCUCCUUGGCACGCGGUGCCCCCACCUCCCUUCACGUCAACGGGGACAGUGGUGUCCACGUGCCACCGCCAGGUGUCCGCCAGGAUAGCUUCUCGCAGCUGCUGCCGGGGAGCUCUGAUAGGGUCAUCUCGGAGCUCAGCAACGCCUUUAGCAGCCAGGGUAAGCGGCAGCCGAGGCGAGAAGAGCGCGGACAGUGUGAGAGGAGAGCAGAGCGGGAGGCAGGUGAGAGAUGCCCCGGAGCACCCAAGAUCUCUAAGAAGAGCUGCUUGAGACCUUCAGACGUGGUCAGGUGCCUGAGCGAGGAACAGAGACUCUCAGAUCUCCACGCGCCCGAGGAGAGCCGGCCCGGCAGGUCCCCGGGUAGCCCUUUGCCGGGAAGGGAGGCUGAGCAGACAGACCUGCAUAGAGGUGGCGAGCAGGCCAAGAGGAGGGCCGCUCGGAGUGCUGUGAGCCAGCAACCUCAAGCCCAGCAGCGAAGAGUCACCCCAGACAGGAGUCAAACCUCACAAGAUAUAUUUAGUUACCAAGCAUUAUAUAGCUACACACCACAGAAUGAUGAUGAAUUGGAACUCCGAGACGGAGAUAUUGUCGAUGUCAUGGAAAAAUGUGAUGACGGGUGGUUCGUUGGUACUUCAAGAAGGACAAGGCAGUUUGGUACUUUUCCAGGCAACUAUGUAAAGCCUUUGUAUCUAUAAGAAGAUUGAAAACCAGAGAUUAUUUUUAUUGG